AUGGACGACGAUAUCUGUGGACGAGAUUUGGAAGAAAUGGAGAUCUCCGGACGGCGAGCUGGCAGCCUCAACGAGAUCUGGGAGCUUCGUCUUGACGGUCUCCAUCGGGCGGUGGGCAAGGAUCAGAGUGACGACCAUGUUUCUUCCAUGAAUAAGGCCUUCACGCUCUUCGACAUUGACGGUGACGGUCGGAUCGCGCCGUCGAAGCUCAGGAUCCUUAUGAGAUCCCUCGGCGGGAACCCUACCCAUGCGCAGCUCAAAUCCAUCAUCCCCGAGGAGAAUCUCUCUGCGCCGUUCGAUUUCCCGCAGUUCCUGGACCUGAUGGCCAAGCACAUGAAGCCGGAGUCGUUCGAUCACCAGCUUCGCGACGCCUUCAAGGUCCUCGACAAGGACGCCACGAGAUUUGUCUCCGUCGCCGAACUCUGCCACAUCCUCACUAGCAUCGGCGAGAAGCUCAAGCCGGCCGAGUUUGACAAGUGGAUCCGCGAGGUCGAUGUCGGCUCCGACGGAAAGAUCUGCUACGAGGAUUUCAUCGCCAGAAUGGUUGCCAAGGGAGGAACUAAAAAUUGA